AGCCCCCGCCACCGGAUUUGGGGUGAUGAGAUUUCGCUUCAUCUAUCUGCACGGGCCUCGUGAGCCGUACACCGCAGACCGUCACUUUAAUUGCUUCUUUGUCCGUACAUGCCCCGUGAUAAACAAACCAUUCCCCGCAAGAAACAGCAAACAGGCACAGCCCUCCCCUCCUCCACUCCUCGCCCUCUCUCUCUCUCUCUCUCUCAUCCCGUCCCGAGAAGCGGACAAAGCGCGGCGCUGCAGAUUUCGAUCCGGUUCCCAAUGCCUCCCAUGCUCGCCGUCGCCCCGUGCUAGCUCCUCUCCCGUCUCCGCUUCCUCCACCUGCCGCGCCAGCGCCACGCCGCCUGGAUCCGGCGAGCGCGUGGCCGGGAGCCUCAGAUCCGAGCGAAACCCAGCCUUCCCGUGGUGACGGCCUUCGCUCUAGCUCCAGAUUGGCUGGCGGCUGCCAUUCCUCCUCCUCCUCUUCUCGCUCGAGGUUUCAAGGCGGGUCCGUUCAGCUCUGGUGGGUUUUCGGGUUUGCUCAUACUUUUUCUUCGGUUGGUUUGCUUCAGCGUGGUCCAGAUUUAGCUGCAUUUUCUCGGGCUGUGUUUUUUCUGUGCCAGAAAUCUACGGAGGAGUCUUGCCGCCGCUUUAAACGUAGAGGUAGAGCUGUAGUAUAUAUUUUGGCGAGUAAUCCUGCUUCUUGCUCCGUUCCCGUGCUAGUGCUGGCGUGACAGUGGAAAGGCUUACUGUUGCCAUGGUAUUGGUGUGACGAACCCGUCAAGGUUUUGCGCAAGAUGUGGAAGCAGCUCCUCAGCAAGCUGCCCCGGAAGUCGCCGGCCUGCGGGGAUUCGGGCCAGUGCAGCAAUGGCACCGGUAUACAGCGCACGAGCAGCUGCGGGAGCAUCCCGCCCGGCCGCCCGGCCUCCGCCAUCCGGCGCAUGUCAUCCGCCGUCUUCCCCUCGAGUGUCGUGGCCGGUAUCGAGCCGCUGGUCUCGUUCAAGGAUGUCCCCAACUCGGAGAAGCAGAACCUGUUCGUCAGCAAGCUGAGCCUGUGCUGCGUCGUCUUCGAUUUCUCGGACCCGAACAAGAGCUCAGUGGAGAAGGAUAUCAAGAGGCAGGCAUUGCUGGAUCUUAUAGAGUUUGUCGAGUCGACCAACGCUCGCUUCUCGGAGGCAGCCAUCGCGGCCUGCUCUAGGAUGUGUGCCAUCAACCUGUUCCGGGCGUUCCCUCCGAGUUGCAGAUCUGGCUCAUCAGGUGGUGGUGAGGGCGACGAGGAAGAGCCAAUGUUCGACCCCGCGUGGUGCCACCUGCAGCUUGUUUAUGAGCUGCUGCUGAAAUUUAUCGGAUCCUCGUCCUUGGACGCGAAGGUAGGGAAGAAGCACUUUGAUCACUCAUUCAUCGUGAAGCUCCUUAAUCUUCUUGACUCCGAGGAUCCAAGAGAGAGGGAUUGCUUGAAAACUAUUCUGCACAGGGUAUAUGGGAAGUUCAUGGUACACCGUCCUUUCAUCCGCAAAGCAGUGAGCAACAUAUUUUACCAGUUUGUCUUUGAGACUGAUCGGCACAAUGGGAUCGCGGAGCUGCUGGAGGUCUUUGGCAGUGUCAUUAGUGGGUUUGCAUUGCCUCUGAAAGAAGAACACAAGAUCUUUCUUUGGAGAGUUCUGAUUCCUUUACACAAACCAAAAUCUGUUGGUGUGUAUCUUCAGCAGUUGACCUACUGUGUAACACAGUUUCUGGAAAAGGACCCAAAGCUUGCAAGCUCAGUGAUAAUUGGUUUGUUAAGAUAUUGGCCGAUAACAAACUGUCAGAAGGAAGUGAUGUUUCUCAGUGAGAUUGAAGAGAUCUUGGAGUCUACCAGCCAAGCAGAAUUUCAGAAAUGUAUGGUACCGUUGUUUCGGCGAAUUGCUCAUUGUAUUACCAGUUCCCACUUCCAGGUUGCUGAAAGAGCGCUCUUCGUAUGGAACAAUGAUCACAUUAUCAGCUUGAUUGCACAAAACCGCCAAGUGAUCAUGCCUCUUGUCAUUCCAGCGCUAGAGCAAAACAUUCAGAAUCACUGGAACCAGGCGGUCCUGAAUCUGACCGUGAAUGUCAAGAAAAUGUUAUCUGAGAUGGACGACGAUCUCUUCUCGUCAUGCCUGGCGAAGUACAAGGACGAAGAAGAAAAACGCGUGUCGCUAGAAGCGAAGCGUAGACUUACGUGGGAGAAGCUCGAGUCAGCUGCAGCUUUCCAGCCAGUGACUGGCCAUACAGCCGUCCUAGUAGGCCACCGGCCGUCAGCAAAUCUGAUCGCCACCAUGAUCUAGCUCAUGCAUGUAUGCCGAACAAGCGAAUGUGGUGCUCUCCCCCCCUUUUGGUGAGGCGCAGCAAGUGUAGUGUUCUCUAUUUUGCUCCUGCUUAUUAUUAUUUUCCUUUUGCUGGUAUGGGUAAUCAGUGUAGUAGUAAGUUGUAACUAUUUCCGGAUGUUUAUGUUCUUAAGGCAAGGAUACCUGUAACUUAAGACUGCCGAGUGCUGACACUCUACAUGUAUCUUUGCCUGUUUAUGGAUGAACAGGUGUCCUACAGUUUAAUUUCA